AUGGCCGAUGAUACCUACAACGCCGUGCAGACCUUUUACGGCAAUAUCGCUAAAAAGACCAAUCUUGCCCAGCAGCACGAGCAGGAAGAGAACAUUGCCAGGGCGUUUGGCUACAGCGCAGAAGAUCUCAGCUCGCUGCCAGAGAAGACCAACCUCGGGCUGAGUUGUGGUAAUCCGGUGGGAUUUGCGAAUGUGAAAGAGGGCGAGACUGUUCUCGACCUCGGCAGUGGCAGUGGUAUUGAUGUCCUCCCGGCAGCUCGUCAAGUUGGGGAGAGUGGUCAGGCGAUCGGCGUCGAUAUGACCAAAAGCAUGAUCGAACUAUCCGAGAAAAAUGCCCAGAAGGCAAAACUUUCCAACACCAGGUUCAUUGAAGCGACUAUCAACACCAUCCCGCUGCCAGACGCAAGCGUCGACUGUAUCAUCAGUAACUGUGUUAUCAAUCUUGUCCGGGCUAGCGACAAGGCGACCGUCUUCCAAGAGAUUGCUCGCUUGCUGAAGCCUGGUGGAAGAGUCUCAAUCAGUGACAUUUUGGCUAGAAAGCCACUCCCCGAUAAUAUUACUAAAAACAUGGCGCUCUUUGUUGGUUGUGUUGCGGGUGCCAGUCAGAUCGAGGAGUAUGAGGAUUACCUCAAGGCAGGCUGGAUUCGGAGAGUCUUGUGUACUAAAUCGCUGGUAGGUGUGCUCAUUGUUGAUGCAAAGUCGGAUCUUAACCUCUACAAGGGGUCUUCCCAUUUGCCUCAAAUCUCGUGUUGUGGUGGUAGUGGGAGCAAGGAAACUACAAGUGAGAUUGCAGAGAUGGAUUUCAAUGAGUGGGUUGGUUCUUUUCAGAUAUAUGCUAUCAAGGCUUAG